ACUCGUGCCAUCUGCUCUCUCUCUCCUUAUUAUGGCCGGCUUUGGCUUUAAAGUAGCAACACUUAUGCUGCUCCCUUUCGCCCACAAGUUACUCUCCGUGACUCCGUACACACACUGCAGUACGCAUUUCCUCUGAACCCGAGCGCCACUUUUUUUUUGUGAGCUGAACAAAUUAUAUCUUUUAACAAAGACGGCGUGUGGUUGCCUGGUGACGUCAAUGUCCCAGUCAGAGCUGCUGCCGGGUUUUCUCCCCCUCUCUCCUCUUGGCAGUCAGUGGAAACAAAUCAACUCUCUACGCUCCCUGUCCGGACCACUGGACCUAAUGUGAAAGUAUAUCCCGGAUGAUGUUGAAGAAAGCGGCGGUUUUCAGGAGAGCCGGAGAUGAAACCGCGGACUCGGGAGCUGAGAGCGCAGAAUCUGAUUGCAGCAGAAUGUCAUCGUCUUCACUUCAUCUCGUGGCCGGGAGGGUCAGGCAGCAGCCACAGCUGCAGCUCUUGCCGGUGAACUUGCAUCUGCUUUCCAACCCUGGAGACUCUCUGUUGUUGCAGCAGACGCUGGAUCGCCUGCUGCGCUGGCUUUUCCCAAGCCUCCGUAUCUUCCACGUGUCAGAAAGGGCCGCCCCAUUCAGAAGUUACACCCUCUGUCCUGUGGCAGGCUACCCUUCUUUGGCCAUCAUGUUUUUCCUCCAUGAAGCUUACGGAGAGGAACGGAUUCUCAAAGUCUUGGACUUCUUCCAGCGGCCACCAUGGCAGUAUCAUCACACUGAGAGUUCCGGCCGCCGAACUGCGGGGAUCCACAUUACCUCCAGCAGUGCACCCUCAAAUGCUUUUCUGCAGCCCUACCUCCUGCCCAGCAGAGACUUCUAUAGUCUGGGUGCAGGAAUGCCUGUGUGGGGGGUACGACCUGUGCACUGUGGGGGAGAAAUAUUGCGUGUGACAUUGUACAGUGGCUAUGACAACUAUGAAGAUGCUGUGAGGUUCUAUGAGACGGUGCUGCAGCGGCAAGCAGAGGAGCAGAAGACGGGCUUCUGCUGGUUCACCCUCCACGUAGAGCCGGGGCUGUGCCUUCAGCUGGCACUGAAGCAGUUGUCGCCUGGGGUUCGGGUGGAGGCAUGCAGCUCUGCCGUGCUUCAGUUCAGUGUGGAGGAAAUAGGACAGCUAGUCCCACUGCUGCCAAACCCCUGCACCCCCAUCAGCUCUACGCGUUGGCAGACAGAAGAUCUGGAUGGCAACAAGGUUCUCUUUCAGGUGAGAACUCCAGCUCAGCCUCAGCAAUCUCUAACCAGCGCUUUUCCCCCAACUUGCUUGAACAUGUCACCUCGGGGGUUAAAGCUCAGGAGCUCUGGGCAGGGCCACAGUCCGUCCCCCAGCAGCCUCUCAACUCACAGGCAAGGACACAGACCACGCAGUGACCCCGUCCUGGAGAAGCUUCAUGGAGGAGGUGGAGGGACUGAGAGCCUGGGCUCGGGAAGUUGCUGCAGUACACCUCCUGGAAGCUCCUGUUACUCUUCUCAGCGCAGCAGCCCUGCUCAGCUCUCAACCUCCAACCACCCAGACUCUCCUCUGCGCUCCUCUGUCACACAUUCUCUCUCUCAUCUCCUUUUGGAAGAGGAGGAGGAGGAGCCGGAGACCAACGUAGACACAGGAAUCGCUGUCUCUCCUUGCUCGGACACAGCCGUCAAAACACUUACACGCUCCUCCUCAGUUGACCUGUUGAUGACUCUCCACUCCGAGAGACCCACAUCAGUUGGGGCUUCAUCGCUCGAGGAAAUGGCCAAAGACUUGAUUGAAUGUCUCCCACGGACACAUUUCUCCCCCCCGGAGCCCUCUGGGAUGUGGCGCUCUGGUGGUUGUACGGACGGAGCCACAGAGAGCCGGACCAGUGCUGCGGUUCGGAGCCCCUCACGCAGUCUCUUUGCAGAGAACAGAACUUCUGCUGAGCCGUCAGCACAUAGAAACCAUGAGGAGACAGUCGAUGAGUUCUUCAUCUAAACUUCUGUCAGAAGUAGCAGUCAUAAUACAGUGGCAAGAUUUCUAAGCAUUUUUUAUAAGCGUGGAUAAACAUAUAAUUUUUUUUCAGAUCUAGACUAACAAGAAUUACAAUCUUCUGUAAAUAUUUGGAAACAUAAAAGCGUGCAGAGUAAAACGUAAGUGUUAACAGCUGAGUAGGAAACAUCUAGAUGUUUGUACUCAGAUGUCAAAUACAGUCUCAAAAUAAUACUAAAUCCAGUUAAAUUGAGUCUUGAAUUUUGAUAUAAAAAAUGUUUAGGAACCCUGUAAUAAUCACAGGACCCAGUAGGUCAGCCUGACGGAGGAGGAUUGGUCUGGUGGUGAAGGACAAAGUCCAGCAGCAGAUGAUCUUCAGCUGGGACUGGGUCCGUUCUUGCACUCGUCCCAUGAAUUUCCACAGCGUAUAAUGAUGGUACUCACCAUGACUAGGUGAUAUAAGGCAGUACAGUUUAUAUUCCUAAAAUCAAGAAAACAUUGUUAAGUUUUGAUUUUAAAGAUGAUUUGUGCAGCUAUUUUGUUAAAGUUUAGCUCAGCGGAGAACAGAGUAAACGUUUUGUACUAAAUUGUUGCUAAUGGCAGUCCAGAUCUUAUCUCUUGUGAAGCUUGCGAAGAGAAUUUUUUAUUUUAUAUUGUAAGGAGCGAUCGGACUGUGAAGGUGCUCUUUGCAGCGCUGGUGGUCGUGAUUAGACGUCCAGUCCGACUGGCAGUGCCUGUGGUCCAGGUCUGAGACCGGGCUGCACCGGGGACAAGUCUAAUCUGCUGGUUUUGAAUUAAAUUUGUUCAAAUCCACUUUUGCGUUAGUUCCUCUUGUAUUUUUGUGUACAAAUGUAAAAGUGAUGGACCAGAACUGACAUAAUUACUUUAUUAUAGAACGCAUAAUUGUAAUUAUUUUUAAAUAGAAAGCCCUUUGAAUGUUUUUAACUUAAUAGCCAAAGUUUAUGAUAACUGUGAGACCUGAGAAAUGCUUGUUACUGCAAAGUAAGCUGGGAGAUCAACACAGUUUAACAUAUGAAAACGUGUCCCCUGUGGUGCAAAUGCUAAGGACACGUAUUCUCUUCCUCCUCCGUGAGUCUGACUUUUGACAAGGAUGCACGUAGAAGGGCUGCAGGCAGGUGAUGAAGUUAUUCUUUCAUCCUCGUGUGUUUAGUCUUAUAGAUGAGCUCCUUAAAGAAAGUAUCUCAGAAAUGUGCAGGUUUUAGGGUGCGUUUUUAUUUGGUCCACCCCUCAACCCUAAAAAGGUUGAAAUAAAAAAAAAGUAAAGCAUGUCAUAGUUAAGCAAAAUAAUUGUUAACACUGUAUUAGAAGGUUCAGGCUCUCUGUUACAGUACAGAAUAUACAAUCCCAGACCCACGGUCACACGUACUGCAGCAUGUUAACAUACAUUGGUCACGUUGCAUAAACACAGAUGGGAACAUAUUUUUACUUGCUUGUUUGUUCUGUCAGUGGAAAAAG